AUGUCGAUCUGCACAUAUGUCCUGAACGUAAAAAGAUCUACUCUGAUAGCUCCCUAUGAGACUUGUACAAAGACAGAGCAUUCCCAGCACCAUAUGAUCCUCAGAUUCGCUGAAAGUAAUACUACUUUAAAAGAGGGUAUCAUUUAUCAUUUCACCUGCCCGGACAUACAAGGAGCAGAAACCAAGGAUCCUGCAGGAGCUACAAACUGCACGAAGGACCACAUGUCUGGACUCCUGGCUCAGCGGGGCUGGACCAUGUACCUUAGUCCCAACUUAAGUAUGACCAUUUCAGAGGCCAUGACGCAAGGAUAUAAUAUUCUGUUUGAUACGGACAAGUUGAUAAUCCAAUCAUCAUUCAAUGCCACAGGGCUAAAGGAGUAUACGCAAGACCACAGUCAUCUCUACAUGAUGCCUCUGAAGCUUAGUCAUAAAUAUCAUGGGCAGACGACGACUUUCACCUCAAACAUGAUUUGUGUGGUAGAUCCUGUGACCUGUAAUUCCACUCACAUGACUCUCACCAUACCAGAGUUUCCUGGGAAGUUAAAAGCCUUGAGCUUUUACAAUGAAAUCUUUUCCAUGAGCCAGUUGCAUGAAAAUGGGAUUGAUGUAGAAGAAAACAAUGGCUUGAGGUUGCAUUUCAGGAAAACUCUUCUCAAAACCAAAUUCCCUGAAAAAUGCCUGUCCCACCAGUUUUACCUGCCCUCACUUAAGCUGAUCUUCUCCUUUACAUUGGCACCAGCAGCCAUGGUGAUAUAUCCUGAGUGUGACUGUGAGUCAUCAAUUUCUAUAGUUACAGGCAAGCUGUGUACUCUGGAUGGGUUUAUGGAUGUUGAGGUCAAUAACUCCCAAGCCAAACACACUCUCAACUUGAAUACUCUUAGAGUGGGAAACUCAUCCUGCCGACCAACCUUCAAAUCUCCACCUCAGGGACUGGUGCGAUUUCACAUACCCCUUCAUGGCUGUGGAACAAGAUAUAAAUUUCAGGGUGAUGAGAUCAUCUAUGAAAAUGAAAUCCGUGCUCACUGGACAGAUAAUUCUCCCAGGAGAAUUUCCAAAGACAGUGAGUUCAGAAUGACAGUGAAGUGCUCUUACAGUAAGGAUAACAGGCUUUUGAAAACCAAUGCCAUGCAUCUUCCACCUCCAAAGGCUUCAAUGAAACUAGGUUCACUUGUCUUGAGCCUGAAGUCCUACCCAGAUAAGUCCUACCUGCAACCUUUUGGGGAUGAGGAGUACCCUGUGGUGAAACACCCCCACCAACCAAUUUACAUGGAAGUGAAAAUCCUAAAUAGGACUGAUCCUGACAUGAAGCUGGUCUUAGAUAACUGUUGGACAUCACCCACUAAGGACCCAGCCUCUCUCCCCCAGUGGAAUAUUAUUAUGGAUGGCUGUGUAUAUAAUCUGGGCAAAUACAAAACCACCUUCCAUCCAGUUGGCUCCUCUGUGACCAAUCCUAAUCACUACCAGAGGUUUGAUGUGAAGACCUUUACCUUUGUAUCACAUAUCCAAAGGGUCUCUAACAUGGUCUAUUUCCACUGCAGUGCCUUAGUCUGUGGUCAAUUCUCUACUGACUCCCCUCUGUGUUACGUGACUUGCCCAGGGUCAACUAGGCGCAGACGAGCCAAAGAGGUCACUGAAGAAAAAAUGCUAGUAAGUCUCCCGGGACCCAUCCUCCUGUUGUCAGAUGACUCUUCAUCAAGAGACCUUGUGGACACCAAAGAGCAUGGAACUAAUAGAUAUGUUGCUUUUAAAACCAUGGCUCCUGUGUUUGCGUUAGCAGGCAUCGUGGCAACACUGGGUUUCAUUCAUCACCUGAGCAAGAAAAGAAUCGUGAUGUUAAAUCACUAA